CUUUUCUCGGGGUCACUCUGACCAGCUAGAGAUCCCAACAUCCAUGGAACCCUCUAAUAGGGAGUCAGGGGAGAAGGGAUCACUGGGACCCUCAAAUACCCUGGGUCAUCUGUAAGCAAGACCCCAGAAUAGAGGAGCCACAGGAACCCCAUCAGCCAGGGGAAGGGAAACCCCAAAACCCAGAGUGGAGAAACAAGAGAGGUGAAUCUCCUGUGAGGAUUUUUUUGGGGGCUGAGCCUUUGUGUUUUGGAGAUUUUUAUGGACACAUAAUAUCUGGUCACUUUCUGAGAGGAACUUGGGUAGGAGGAACCCCAGCCUAAGGUGUUCACCUAUUCUUCCUCCCCCCAGACCAAGAUUUGUCCUUCCCAAGCCUUGGGCCAAUGGAGGAGAAGGAAGAGCCCCAGAGAUGCAGCAUGAGGAGGGGCUGCAAACCCAGCCCAGGGAGCUGCAAGAAGGAAAGACCCCCUGUGUGCCAGAAAGGUGGUGUGAGGUCCAGCCAGAGCUCAGAGCUGGUGGAGAAGCCCCACAAAUGCUUGGAAUGUGGGAAGGGCUUCAGCCGCAACUCCCACCUGCUCCGGCACCAGAUGAUCCACACUGGAGAACAGGUGGAACAACCCUACAAGUGUGGGGAAUGUGAGAAAACCUUCAGAGACAGCUCCAACCUGAUCCGGCACCUGAGGAUCCACACUGGGGAACGGCCCUAUGAGUGUUAUUUGUGUAAGAAGAGCUUCAGACAGAGCUGCAGCCUGAUGGAACACCGGAGGAUCCACACUGGGGAAAAGCCCUACGAGUGCUUGGACUGUGGGAAGAGCUUUGGGUGGCACUCUGACCUGAUCCGGCACCGGAGGACCCACACUGGCGAGAGGCCCUACGAGUGUUCCGAGUGUGGGAAGAGGUUUCGGAGCAAGUCCCAUGUCCUCCUGCAUCAGCGCAUUCACACAGACGAGAGGCCCUUCCGCUGCCCCGACUGCGGGAAGGGCUUCAAACGCAACUCCCACCUCACCCUGCACCGGCGCAUCCACACCGGGGAGAGGCCCUAUGAGUGUGGGGAAGUGUGGGGAAUGUGGGAAGAGCUUCAGGGGUAGCUCCAGCCUGAGGCAGCACCAGGUGAUCCACAGUGGGGAAAAGCCCUAUGAGUGCUUGGAGUGUGGGCAGAGCUUCAGCUGGAGCUCCAGUCUGACCAAGCACCAGAGGAUCCAUAGUGGGGAAAGGCCCCAUGAGUGCUUGGAGUGUGGGAAAAGAUUCAGUGGGAGGUUUGCCCUGAGUCACCACCAGAGAACUCACACUGGGGAACGACUUUAUGAGUGUUUGGAAUGUAAGAAGAGCUUCAGCUACAAGUCCAGCCUGCGCAGCCACCAGAAGAUCCAUACUGGGGAACGGCCCUAUAAAUGCUUGGAAUGCGAGAAGAGCUUCAGCGAUAGCUUUUGUCUGAUUCGCCACCGGAUAAUUCACACAGGGGAACGGCCCUACACAUGUAGAAAAUGUCGGAAGAGCUUCAGUGACUACUCCAACCUCCUCAACCACCAGCGCCUGCACUCUGAGGAACGGCCCUACCAGUGUGAGGACUGUGGGAAGAGGUUCAAGCUCCUGUCCUACCUCAGCCGCCACCAGAGCAUCCACACCGGGGAGAGGCCCUACGAGUGUCCUGGGUGUUGGAAGAGGUUUCGGCUCCGUGCCCAUCUCCUCCAUCAUCAGCCAAUACACACCGAGGGGAAGCCCUUCUGCUGCCCGGACUGCGGGAAGGGCUUCAAACGCAACUCCUCCCUCAACACCCACCAGCGCAUCCACACCGGGGAGAGGCCCUACGAGUGUGGGGAGUGUGGGAAGAGCUUCACCAAGAGCUCUUACUUGACAGAACACCAACGGAGGCAUCACUGAGGGAAGCCCUUCGAGUGCCCCAAGUGUGGGAAGAGCUUCAGCUCCCAUCUGACUUGGCACCAGGUGAUCCACACUGGGGAAAAGCCCUAUGAGUGCAUGGAAUGUGGGAAGAGCUUCAGGUGGAGCUCUGACCUCAACAAGCACCACAAGGUCCACACUGGGGAAAGGCCCUAUGAGUGUAGGGAAUGUGGGAAAAGCUUCAGCCUGAGCUCCAGACUCAUCCGGCACCAAACAACUCACACUGGGGAAAAGCCCUAUGAGUUCUCAGAAUGUGGGAAGCGUUUUAAUUGCAACUUCCACCUCAUCAGGCACCUGCGCUGCCACACCAGGGAACGGCCCUACAAGUGCUUGGAGUAUGGGAAGAGCUUUAGACGGAGCUCCAGCCCAAACAUCCACUGGCGCAUCCACACCGGACAGAAGCCCUGUGAGUGUCCUGAGUGUGGGAAGAGGUUUUGGAACACCAAGAAACUCCUCCAACAUCAGCCAACACACACAGGGAAGAGGCCAUUCCACUGCCCCGACUGCGAGAAGCGCUUCAGCCGCAACUCCCACCUGGUCAGCCAUCGGUGCAUCCACACCGGGGAGAAGCCCUACAAGUGUGGGGAGUGUGGGAAGAGCUUCAGCACGAGCUCCGACCUGAUCCAGCACCAGAACAUCCACACUGAGAAACGGCCCAGUAAAUGUGAGGAAUGUGGGAAGAGCUUCAUGCAGAGCUCCCACCUUAUCAGCCACCAAAAGAUCCACACCGGCAAACGUGAAUGGCCAUAUGAGUGCUUGAAAUGUGGAAAGGGCUUGAGCCGGAGCUCCAACCUCAUUAAGCACCAGAGGAUCCACACUGGGGAGCGACCCUAUGAAUGUGGGGAAUGUGGGAACAGCUUCAGGCACAGAUCCAACCUCAUCCACCACCAAACAACCCACACCGAGGAACAGCCCUACAGGUGCUUGGAAUGUGGGAAGGGCUUUAACCGCAACUUCCACCUCAUGAGGCACCAGCACAUGCACACCAGGGAGAGGCCCUGAGUGUGGGAAGAGCUUUGUGCACUGCUCCAGCUCCAUCCCCCUGGGAGGAUCCACACUGGAUGAUCCCCAGUGACCCCUGU